AUUCUCUGGGACCUGUACAAGCACAAUUUCUGCUUUGAGCUGGUCGCCCUGGACUGUCUGCUGGUGCCCACCCUCUGGUCAAGUGUGGAAUCUGAGCAGCUGGACCAAGUCUGUCAGAUCUUCCCAGGAGAUUUGGAGCUUACCAUGUUUGCUGAACCCUUCCUGGUUAAGGAUCGAGGUCUGGCCUCACUAGAACCCCAAAUGAAGCUGGAAUAUGUUGAGAGGUUCUGGAUGUUGCUCACUUUGUGGCCAGGGUUUCUGCCAGAUUUGGGAACCUCACUUCCAUCAUCAGCCUCACCAGUGCAUGUUUAUGCAGUGGAAAAAUGGCUUGCAUUAUUUUACAUGCAGUCAUUCUUUGAUAACUUUGGUCAUUUCCCUAUCAUCCUCCAUCUUAUUCCG